AUGCCGCGUAGUCCCACUUCCAGUGAAGAUGAGAUGGCGCAGAGCUUUUCAGAUUAUUCAAUGGAGUCCGAAUCUGACAGCUCAAAGGAGGAGACUAUCUAUGACACCAUCAGGGCAACGGCCGAACGUCCAACCAGCAGGCUGGAGGAUAUUCAGACAAACACCAUGGUCAUCAGGAUUGUAAUCCCAGACCUGCAGCAAACAAAAUGCAUCAGGUUUAACCCCAAUGCCACCGUAUGGGUAGCAAAACAGAGGAUCUUAUGCACCCUUAACCAGAGUUUGAAGGAUGUCCUCAAUUAUGGCCCUUUACCAACCCUACAGUAACGGAAGAGAAGGAAAAAGUUCCUCGAUGAAGAACGACUGCUGCGGGAAUAUCCUCAGCCUAUGAGCAGAGGUGUGCCUUCCUUGGAGUUUCGAUAUAAAAAGAGGCUGUACAAACAAUCCAGUAUUGAUGAGAAACAGAUUGCCAAACUUCAUACAAAAGCUAAUUUGAGAAAAUUGAUGGACUACAUUCAGCACUGUUCUGUGGAGAAAAUCUGCAAAAUGUUAGAUCGGGGGCUGGACCCAAAUUACCACGACCCAGAAAGUGGCGAAACUCCACUCACUUUGGCGGCACAGAUGGACAACUCUAUAGAAGUUAUCAAAGCUCUUCGGAAUGGCGGUGCCCACCUGGACUUUAGGAGCAAGGAUGGAAUGACGGCUCUGCACAAAGCAGCUCGAACAAAAUCG